AUGGAAACAAAGUUCCAGGAAUCGCUCCACAGACACCAACUCAACGAUCAAUCCACCGGCGUCGCUGUGGAUGCUUUUGAGCAACGCGAUAUCCCGGGCAAGGGCGUUGGGCUGGUGGCAAAGCGCUUCCUGCAGCGCGGCGAGCUGAUAAUCAGGGAACCACCCGCGCUAAUUGUCCAUCUGGACGCUAAAUACGAGCUGCCUGAUACUGUGCGGUUUGAGAUGCAGCGAGCUGGCGUGGAGGCCCUUCCGGCCGAUACCAAGCUGAAGGUGUUAGGGCUGAUGGGCCACUUUGGAGGGGACCCGAUUGAAGAUAUUGGAUAUACAAACGACGCCGGAAGCUGCCAUAUAGCAAUUCAGUUUAUUUGA